AUGACCGAAAAGUCGCCAUCCAGCGCCCAGACGGGCCAACCGCAGCAGCAACGACAACUACAAAAUCCACUUCCAAACAGCACGCAACCACAGCAGCGGCCACAAGAACGGCCACGAUCCCCGCCCCCACCACCGACAAGCCCCAUAUCACCCUCCACCCGCCUGCCGCCCGACAUCGCGCCCGCCGUACCCGUUCCGACCGCGACCGGCAGCAGCACGCGCUACACGGCCGUCCCGUCGCCGUCCGCCGUGUCAUUUUUCGCAGCCAACCGCCCUGCCUUGACGCACCUGUCGCAACCGGACCAAAACGCGCCGCCGACGCAGGCAUCUACGUCAUCCCAGGCGCAGCCGCCGCUGGACGCUCCCCCGCCGCCCAGGCCGCUCGACUUCGACACGAACCCCGACGUCCUGGCGAUCAAGUCGGCCAUUUCCAUCCUGCAGAUCCAGCGCGCACGCGCCCAGGCCGACAUGGCCGCCUUGGGGCGCGCCAGGGACGCCGCGAUGCGGGAGCCCCUCGCCUUUGUGGAAGACCUGCGCACCGGGAGGGUCGCGACUGCGCCCGAGGCGCCGACCCUCUUUGACCCCUUUGCGCCCCUGGGCGAAGACGAAGACGAUGAUUCCUCGUCCGACGAGGAUGCAGCGACGGCCGACGCCAGCGCCACAAAAGGCAAGCAGCCAGCAGGCGCGUCUUCGAAACCUGCCAGCCAGCGGGGCAAGGACCCGUCGCCGCCGUGGCGCAACCUACCCAGGCCCCAGAACGUCGUGCGCUGCCCGCCGAUAAACUGGUCGCAAUAUGCCGUCGUCGGCGAAUCGCUCGACAAGCUGCACAACGAGCAGGUGGCGCGCCCCAACCCCGGUGCCCCCGCCGUCAUGGGCUCCGGCGGCGUCUACGAGUUCAAGGGCGGCUCGCCCUCCCAGCCUGUAGGUCCCGGCCCGAGGUUUGUUGGCGUCGCUGCGCCCUACGAUCCGCAGCGCGACAAGCUCGAGAAGAAGCCCAGGAAGCCAAAAGGCGCUGCGGUUUGA